GCCCGCUGCCUACUAUCACACCGUCAUUGGCGAUCCACUAUCCAUCCAAGUAUGAAAGCGAGAUACCUAUGACGUCUUUUUAUCAAAUUGCUGUUUAAUGAAUAUGUUUUGCUUAUCUAGUCUUUUUGUUGUUCUCGCAUAGUCAAACGAAAGGUGGUGAUAACUUUAAUAGGCAAAAGCAUACAUCAAAUCUUGCAUCCUUACACGAUCAUCGUAAGCUGUCCUUGGAAUGAACAAAAUGGACUUAUAGCAGAUGACCAGAUCGCUAACACCUUUAUUUCUCACAUUCAAGGCGAAUGUCUGAUCCACUCAUUUGACUUAGCUGAAAUAAUAUGUCGUCCAAUCAUGAAAGAUGGUCCAAUGGUCCAUAUCCAGAACAUGGGCAAGAUAAACAAGAGAGGAGAUCGGCACAGAGACCCUAUGAAUGGUACGACCAAGAUCAAAGCAGCGGUCCAUCUCGACAGUAUGAACCAUAUUACCGGGAAAGCUCGUCACAUGGGUAUCGGAACUGGCCACAGUACGGCUAUGAUGAUCAGAUGUAUGAGCAAUAUCAGCAGAAUUAUGGCGCAGCUAAUGCACAAUCAAGCACGUACAAUGACGACUCCAGACAUUCAAGUACUUCAGAACGAAGUAGAAAUAGGCAGUCUGAUGGAAGUGCUGGUACUAAAGGACCACCUCGUCGAUCUGUGCCGUCAUCUUCAAAAUCUGUGCCAUCAUCUUCAAAAGCUUCUCAAGCACGUUGGCAUCUUUCCAAAGAAUUCCAAGCAUUUGUUCGCAAUUCAAGAACGGAUACAUUACUCCUUUUGGACGAUUAUUGCAGACCGUUGAGCGCUAGCAAAGAGAUGUUCUCUUUCUUACAAUCGUUGCCGAAUUUGUCCGCUAUUCAGAAUCGUAUUCGAGGUGUAAUCACAGCUUCAAAGGAUGGAAGAUGGCUCGCACUUGUUGCGUGUCAUGAUGCAGAUGUGGCGAAAGCUCUGGCAAAUGAGAUCAAGGAUCACGCCAAAGAUAUCGAGGCCAAAUUUGUCACCAAUGAAGUUUUCAAUUCUGUGGCUCAAGGACAGAAAGUGACCCUUGCAGAGGGAUUACGAAAACGCUUCUCAGAAGAGGGUGUCUUGAUAGACGAAUGGUCUUCAACUGCAACCGUUAAGCCUGCAGCGGCAACAUUGCCAGGGAAAGAAAUCGAUCAUCAAUUUGAAUUACCCGGCAGUGUAUCAAGAGACCAUCGUAAGAUCACAUCUGCGAAUCCUUCCUCCUAUGCAAAGAAAGCAGCUUCGCAUAUCAGCAGGUGGAACGCUCAACAAGAAGAGAUGCAGCGAAAUGAUGUCGUGGAGAGUAGUGCGAUACCAGAGCCUCAACAUGACAGCAACGAUCCCUCAAAUGACGUGCAGGUCUCGAAAGAGUUCAACUAUCUGGAUGAAGAGAAGAAAGCAUGUUUACUUUGUCAAAGACAAUUCAAAACGUUGGAAGUUCUAAAAAGGCAUUCUAUUGAAUCGGAACUACACAAGAAAAAUCUACAAGAUCAAGAUCGUUGUUCAGAAGGUCGAAAGCGGAAGAUUGCUUCCAUUCCUGCCCAAGAUGUUGGAUCCACUUCUUCUACAGGUAUGAAGAAAGCAGGCUUUGCUCCCGUGCAGAGAGUCACCUCGAACGAUCGGUAUUCUGCAGCUUCUGAAGACAAGCCAACAGCAGAAAGCGGUAUGGAAUAUCGUGAUCGAGCUGCAGAAAGACGAAUUGUUUUUGGUACCGAAGCAAUCGCAAAAGCGAAAGCGAUGGCGAAGAAGCGUCCUUACUCGGGCGAGUCAACGGUCAAGACGACACCCGCUUCCGAAGAUGCUAUUCCGGCUAAGUUAGACGAAACAAGUAUUGGUGGCGCAUUACUGGCCAAGAUGGGCUGGACAUCAGGCAAAGGAUUGGGAAUAGACGGAGAAGGGAGAAUAGACCCGAUCGUAACGCAUGUAUACACUCCCGGUGCAGGAAUUGGUAGCGGAGGAAGCAACAAAUCUGCACCUACCGUCGAAGAAUAUUCGAGCAGACAUACAAAGUUCAUUCAAGGAGAUGCAGCAUAUCAAAGAUCGGUUCGGAUGCAAGAAAGAUACAAGGAAUGACAAAAAAAGCUAAUUUACAGCUUUGCUUUGGCAGAUGAAUGCCCGUUUUGGAGGUAAUCUUCAAUUUUGUUCGCCCAAAAUUCUUUUCCGAAAUAAUCGAACCAAAAGUGACCGAAUUGAUCAGUUUUUGGUUGCAUAUCCAAUCGUUUUGCACUUUUGAUACUCUUUGUAAAAUAAUCACUUUCGCUGUAUUUUACCAUUCUAUCCAAUUUGCCAUGAAUGAUAAGAACAGGUAAUGAUUCCGAAAUUUUGUGUAAUUCUUCUCGUGUAUCACGUCCUUGAAUUGCCAACAUUUGUGAACCGAUAAUACUUUGUGGCCUUCUAGUUGUAAGUGAAACUUUAACACGUUCUUCAAAUGUUGAUUUAUUUUCACUUUGUUUCAUCCAAUUUUCAUCGUAUUGAUAAGACAUCAAAAAUUCCGUUAAUUCAUCUUUCCAUUUAGGAUUCGUUCCUGCUUG